AACACAAAGUUGCCGAGCAUCUCUGAGUGUCCGCAUGCACUGCAUUCACUUGAUUUCUGUCUCACCAGCAGCCUCCGUCUCCCGCAGACUACUAGCGUUACUUUACUUCAACCUUUACCCCGUAAACAAUUACAGCGGUCCCCCAGGUGUGUCUCGACGCAUUUCAAAGAUGUUGGCCUGUACGGAGAUGAUCACUAUGUGCCUGCAGUCCGCCAAACAGAAGCACCUCCGGGCUCAGCAGCAACAGCAGCCGCUGCACAGCACCGGACAAGGACUUACUAUCUUUCAUGAUAUUUUCCGCCGAGCAGACAAAAAUGAUGAUGGCAAGCUGUCCUUUGACGAGUUCAAUGCUUACUUCGCAGAUGGGAUCCUGACUACUGAGGAACUGCAGGAGCUUUUCUAUUCCAUAGAUGGCCGAAAAACUAGCAAUCUGGACACAGACAAGCUAUCAGAUUAUUUCUCUCAGCAUCUGGGGGAGUAUCUGAAUGUACUUUCAGCUCUUGAGAGCCUGAAUGUUUCCAUUCUAAAGGCUAUGGAUAAAACUAAAGAGGAGUACCUGGGUUCCAGUGUGUUGGGCCAGUUUGUCACCAGGUUCAUGCUAAGAGAGACAUCCAGUCAGCUUCUGUCUCUACAGAGGUCCCUGCAGUGUGCCAUGGAGGCUGUUGAAGAGCAGAGCAGCCCUGCACCGAGAGAGGUAAAGGCACCGGAGCUGACGGCAGUUCAGAGGAAUGGCCGGAGGUGUGGUCGCAGGAUCCAAAAUAACCUGUCCUUGUCCCCCUCAGAUCCCUGCUCCAACAUCUUGACCACUGGUGUGUGCAUGGAAGAUGGAGAAAACUGGUGCUCUCAAGUCAACAGGCUGCAGCUGCUGCUGGACAAACUGGAGUGUCAGGGUCCAAAGUUGGAGCCACUAAAAGAGGAUACGCUGGCCAGCACGUACAAAUCUAACAUCCUGCUUGUUCAGAGGCAAAUGUCGGUGCCCGAUGAAGAGCUUGAUAACUUCCAGAAAGUUCUGAAUAGCUACAUGGAUGCCACCGCAGCCCACUCUGACAACCUGCACGUGUCCGUUCAGAAGCUACCGGGGAAGCUGUGUUACAUAAUGUAUGAGUUCUGGCAGGACCGCAUCUCCUGGAUGAGCUACCUGCAGUCCAACAGCAGUAAAGAUUUCCAGCGCUGCGUCAUCGACAUGUUGGAGGAGGCUGAAGUAGUUUCCACCAUGUUGCUCCCAGCUUCCUGGUGGAUAAUGACUAACAACUAGAAAUUGGAUCCAGAAUGUCACAUCUCCUGCCUACACUGUCACACGGACAAAGCCACCCACACACACAUGCACACAUACAAAAACACUUACACACACACUCACAGAAGAAUUCAAGAGGCAUCCAUGUGUUUGAAAGCAACGGGAGACAGAGACAUUGGUGUCAUGCAGUAUUCUCCAGCAGCAUCUUUAAUGUUCCUCUGUCUGCGACUGCUCAUUAUUGUACCGCUUAUAUCAAUGCCGCCUAUAGCCAAUACAUGGACUUGAAAGUGACUGAUUCUCUGAAAUGCAACGUCCUUUUAUCCUCACAACCCUUUCCCUCUCUCGGCCGUGUCUCUCUUGCAAUGUUUGUCCUAUAUUAUGCAAGUGGAGAACAAGCAAAAAGACGCUAGUAUAGGCUACUAGAAUCCAAUUGAAAUGAAAAUGACCAUGCCAGUAGUGUUAUUGUGCUUUUGAUGACUUGUUUACCGUUGAAUACAAUUUAGUAAGAAGAAAAGGCAGGGGGAUGCAGGACGAAGGGUUGCUGCAGCCUGAACAUGCAUGCUGAUGAAAAAGCUUUCAGUAAUAGUUCCUUUAAAUAUAGGCUGUAUAUGCUGUAUGAAACUGUAGCACUGUUUAUCUUUCGUUUAGCUAUUUCUAAAAAGAUAUCCCUACCCUUACAUCUAUCUAUUGCUAGAUACACUAGUGCUCAGUUAAUAUCUCUACUGAGACGCAGUCUUUGUUUCAAAUGUAAAAAUAUCUCUAAAUGUGGGCAAGUAAGAUUUUGUGUGGAUUUUCCCUGGAUCAUUAAGUUAUUAAGAGACAUUUAUUAAAUGUUGUAUAUUGAUUUCAAACAUGGUUGAGAUUAUUGCAUCUGUACAUAUGGAACUUGCUUAUAUUAAUAUUUCUGUUGUGUUAUAAUUUAGUAAUGUACCCCACCUUGUAAACAGACGGAAAAUAAACUUUAAUAAAAUCAGUAAAACUAC